CCUGUACAGUAAGGGCCCAAUAUGGCAGCGGCGGUAGCAGUGGCAACGGCAGCAGGAGGACCGGCCGCCUCAUAGACGCCCUCCCUACCCCCCCGCGCACCACCCCCGCCGCUUCCUCUGUUUGGGUGCUCCUCCGGCCUGACUUCCCCUUUCUCCCACCUUUCCCGGCACCGCGGGAAAAACAGCGCAGGGCAGAGUAGGGAGGGAGGGCGGCCGGAGCCCGGACACGGGAGCCUCCCAGUCAGUUCAAGACCCGACAUGAGGGAAAAGGGCCGUAGGAAGAAGGGCAGGACCUGGGCGGAGGCCGCCAAGACGGUCUUAGAAAAAUACCCCAAUACACCCAUGAGUCAUAAAGAAAUUCUUCAAGUUAUCCAGAGAGAAGGACUAAAAGAAAUCAGAAGUGGGACUUCCCCUCUUGCAUGCCUGAAUGCAAUGCUGCACACAAACUCUCGAGGUGAAGAGGGCAUCUUCUAUAAGGUUCCGGGUAGAAUGGGAGUCUAUACUUUGAAGAAAGAUGUGCCGGAUGGGGUAAAAGAACUAUCAGAAGGUUCAGAAGAAAGCAGUGAUGGUCAGUCAGAUUCCCAGAGUUCUGAGCACAGCAGCAGCAGCAGUGACGGUGGCAGCAACAAGGAGGGAAAAAAGAACAGGUGGAAAAGGAAAGAAACUGCCACAGCCACCCAGCCUUCAGCAACCAUCGCUCUGAUCAGUCAGCAGCCGUCAACACUGAGGCAGUACCCUCCACCAGCAAAAAGAUUACAGCUCGCUGAAGAUUCAGAUGACGUAUCAUCUAGACUGUCACAGCCAUCCUCUCCCCAGUCAGCCUGCCCAUCGCCCACCAUUCCAGCAGGUAAAGUCAUUUCUCCAUCACAGAAGCACAGCAAGAAGGCACUAAAGCAGGCUCUGAAACAGCAGCAGCAGAAGAAGCAGCAGCAGCAGCAGCAAUGCAGGCCAAGCAUGUCCAUCUCCUCCAGUCAGCAUCUGUCUCUGAAGACUGUCAAAGUGGCCAGUGACUCUGUAACUGCCAAACCUGCAAUAUGGGAAGGAAGGCAAUCUGAUGGACAGUCGAGCAGCCCGCAGAACUCUAGCUUUCCUUCUUCAGUUAAAGUGGAAAAUCCUUUGCUAGGCUUGGGGAAGAAGUCAUUCCAAAGGUCUGACAGACUGCACACAAGGCAAAUGAAAAGGACUAAAUGUGCUGAAAUUGAUGUUGAGACACCAGACUCCAUUCUGGUUAAUACAAAUCUUCGCGCACUGAUCAACAAACACAAUUUUUCAGUCCUUCCUGGAGAUUGCCAACAGCGACUGCUUUUACUGCUUCCAGAGGUGGAUCGACAGGUUGGUCCAGAUGGUCUGAUGAAGUUAAAUAGCUCUGCCCUUAAUAAUGAGUUCUUCACUUCAGCAGCGCAAGGCUGGAAGGAAAGACUCUCAGAAGGUGAGUUUACACCUGAGAUGCAGGUGAGAAUUCGACAAGAGAUUGAGAAGGAGAAAAAAGUAGAGCCAUGGAAAGAACAAUUCUUUGAAAGCUACUAUGGUCAGAGUUCUGGCCUGAGCCUUGAGGAUUCAAAGAAAUUGACAGCUUCACCCAGCGAUCCCAAAGUUAAGAAAAUCCCUGCUGAGCAACCAAAAUCCUUACUUCCGUCAGAGGCCUCUCCUGUCGGUGUAGUCUCCGUAAUUCCUCAGGUAGAGCCUAAAGAAGAAGUAGUGCAUAUGCCAUCACCCGUCCGAAAAGAAGCACACGAAAGCCAAGAUAAGGUACAGCCAAACUCUAAAUCUACGGAGCCCCUACUUUCCUCUACUAGGGAUACACAUGAGCUUUGUGGCAUUCUUCCCAUCAAGUGUCCAAAGGAUGAAGAUGUCUUGGAACAGAAGCCAGUUGCCUCUGUUGAACAGGAAUCCGAGAAAGAGAAUCAUCUCACUACAGCUUCUAAUUAUAAUAAAAAUGAAAGCCAGGAAGCUUUGGUUAAGUCUCCAAGCAAGCCCAAGAGUCCUGGAGUGGAGAAAUCAAUAAUGAAGCCCAUAAUAGAAGCAAGUGCACAGGAGACCACUGUGAAAGAGCCUUCAUCCACUCGGGUUGAUCACAGCCCAGAAAGCCUCAAGAGGAAAUCUCUAACCCAAGAAGAGGCCCCUGUGAGCUGGGAGAAAAGGCCGCGUGUCACUGAAAAUCGCCAGCACCAGCAGCCAUUUCAAGUCUCUCCACAGCCCUUUCUCAGCAGAGGGGACCGGCUCCAAGUGCGGAAAGUACCACCUCUCAAGAUCCCGGUCUCCAGAAUCUCCCCCAUGCUGUUUCCUACAUCGCAGGUCUCUCCCAGGGCUCGUUUUCCAGUCUCCAUCACUAGUCCUAACAGAACAGGAGCCAGAACUCUUGCAGACAUCAAAGCAAAAGCCCAGCUGGUCAAAGCACAGAGGGCAGCAGCUGCUGCUGCAGCCGCAGCUGCUGCAGCCGCCUCAGUUGGAGGGACCAUUCCAGGACCUGGCCCAGGGGGUGGACAAGGUCCAGGAGAGAGUGGUGAAAGGAAAACUGCUAGAGGAGGGAGUCCAGACUCAGACAGAGUCAGAGAAACUGGAAAGGGUCCCACACUGGAACUGGCAGGAACUGGAAGCAGGGGAGGUACGAGAGAGCUUUUACCCUGUGGUUCAGAGACUCAGCCCCAAUCUGAGACCAAGAUCCCAGGCCAGGCACAGCCUCAUAGUGUCUCUGGAGCACAACUACAGCAAACCCCCUCAGUGCCUCCAACAUCUGCCAUCAUUGGAGCAUGCACAAGUAUCCCAUCACCAGCUCACACUAAUGCACCCCCACCAGCUUUAGGGAAAUUGAAUAAUGAGAAACUGAAUGCCAUCAGGGCAGCAUCCACAGCAGCCUCUCUUAGCCACCUCCAAGGGCCCAGUCAUUGCAGGCAGGAGAAAGUACCUUCUACUCCAACAGGUCCUGCUCUAAUCUCAGGUGCCUCGCCUGUUCAUUUUGCAGCUGAUGGCACAGUUGAGCCCAAAGCAGGUUCUAGUAAGAACACACCAAACUCUUCAGCCUCAGCAGAGACAGCUGCCAGGGCUUCAGUGGAUAUGACUUCCUCCCCUUUAACAUCUUUAUUAAUAGCAGCCACUUUAGAAAAACUUUCUAUACCCCAGGUCAGUGUAACUGUAGCACCUACUGGGUCAGUUCCAUCCUCGAGCACUUUGCCAGCAGCAUCUAGCCUUAAAACUCCAGGAACUUCUUCAAAUAUGAACGGACCCAUUUCACGGCCAAGCUCCAGUAUCCCUGCUAACAAUCCAUUGGUCACUCAGCUGCUCCAGGGCAAGGAUGUUCCCAUGGAGCAAAUUCUGCCUAAACCGCUCACCAAAGUUGAAAUGAAAACUGUUCCACUGACUGUAAAAGAGGAUAUAGGGAUAGGAGCACCCACAGGCACCAACACCAUACCAGAAAACAGCCCCAGAGAGGAAGUUCAUGAGAGGCCUUCUCAUCCAGCUCUACAGCAACUGGGUAAAACCUUACAAAAUAAGCAUCUCUCCCAGCUUCCCAGACCCCUUCAGCUCUUUUCAGGGAAGGAUCUAAGAGACUCAAGCAUUGAUGCAAACCAAGAAGGACUCAGUAAAGCAACCCAAGAUCAGAUCCUUCAGACUCUUAUCCAAAGUGUUCAUAUUCAGAGACAGAAUGUUCUCUCAUUUGUGCAGCCCUCCCAGUUCAACUUAACUCACUCAGGUUUCCCGUUAGAAGACAUCUCCACAAGCCAGCGGUUCAUGCUGGGUUUUGCUGGCAGAAGGACUUUGAAGCCUGCAAUGGCAGGUCACUACUUACUUAACAUUUCCACUUAUGGCCGGGGCUCAGAGAGCUUUAGGAGGACCCAUUCUGUAAACCCUGAAGACCGUUUUUGUUUAAGUAGCCCCACUGAGGCCUUGAAAAUGGGAUAUCCAGACUGUAAAAAUGCAACAGGAGAUAGUAGCAGUGGCAGAGAAGAUACUGAUGAGGAAAGUACUGAUGAUGAGCAAGAAUCUGUCAUGGUGAAGAAGGAGGACCCGGCUUCCCAGAGUUCUGGCAAGUGUGAAGCAAGUUCAGGCCCCCCCGGUCGAGAAGCCCUGCCCACUGAUUGUUUAGCUAAAAAUAAUGCGAAGGCAGAGACACUAGUGCAUGAGCAAACCACUGUAGGCAAGGAGAAUUAUUUGUUCACUGGAGGCCAAACAUUCGAUGAAAAGACCCUCGCCAGAGAUUUUAUUCAAGCAGCGCAGAAGAAAAUGGCUCAUGCAGUGAGAGGUAAGACAAUGCAUAGCAGCCCUGAGCUUUUCAGUUCCACUGCUUUUCCUCCACCUGCAAACAGCCCCACCCAUCAGCCUCUCCUUCUUCCACCACUGCAAACCCAAAAGCUGUAUGGGAGCCCUACACAGAUUGGGCCAAGCUACAGAGGCAUGAUCAAUGUCUCCACCUCAUCUGACAUGGACCAUAACUCUGCUGUACCGGGAAUGCCUGACUGUACCCAGGUAUCUAGCAACGUAAGUGAUGUCAUGUCCUUUUCCGUAACUGUCACUACCAUCCCUGCUAGCCAAGCUAUGAAUCCUAGCAGCCAUGGCCAGACCAUUCCUGUUCAGGCAUUUCCUGAAGAGAAUAGCAUAGAGGACACACCUUCAAAAUGUUACUGCCGAUUGAAAGCCAUGAUCAUGUGCAAGGGGUGUGGAGCUUUCUGCCAUGAUGAUUGUAUUGGCCCUUCUAAACUGUGUGUCUCCUGCCUUGUUGUUCGAUAAAGAGACUAGAAAGAGAACACGCUGUGAAGAAGGCAGGAAGGGAAGAGUUGACAAGGUGUGUUUUUUGUGUCCUUUUGGAAUCACAGAAAUAAGUGGAUUUCAGUUGUCAAAAGACAAAUGUUACUUAAUCAGGAAUACAGAGUGCAGAUCUUACAUUUUAGAGGAAGAGCACCUUGUAUAGUAAGUCGAAGUCAAGCAAGACUUUGUGUAAUUGUGACAAGUUUGCACUUACAAAAUCAUGUACAUAAGUCACAUUUUGUUUUAACAUUUUUUCCCAAGUGUUUAGGUAAUAAUGUAUUACUUUGAAUUCAAAUUUAUGUUCUACUUCAUGUGACUCAGAAAAGUUUAAUGCCAUGCAUGGUGGAGGGAAGCUUGUCUCCCAUCUGUACUUUCCUAAGAGGCUAGGAAGAGGAAGAAAUGAACAAAUGGUCUGGAGAAAUCACCACUCAUGCUGACUAUGUCUGCCUGUAGGCUUUACAUGGAUUAUUCAGCCUUUGCAAAAUAUGGAUUCAGGGUUUGCUCAGUCACUUUACCUUAGAUGCAACGUUCUCAAGUUCAAGUUUUUGAUAAGGUAUUAAUUUCACAGCUAGUACUUCAGGCUCUGAAAGGCUCUGCCUUGGUUCUUGGCUUCCAUAAUCCAGUGCUGUUGCCAAGCACGCGCAUGCCAUUUGUGUGUCUCUGCUGUUCCUAAUCCCACUACCCUGCCCUGAGAUAGUGAAUGUGGUCCAUGAAGGGGAUGCCUCUCUGGCCCCUCGUGUUACCAUAGCCUGGGCAGGGCAACAGUUCCAGCAGUAAUGUCCAAAUUAGUCAUGGGAGCUUACAAGCAGGUUUGAAAUACUAGUAUAAAAUGAACAGGAAAGUGUUAGCAAUAGGGUGAUUUGAACUAUGUGUUUUGUUGGGCCAGUGGAGUAAAGGUGCAGAAACCGAACAUACAGAACUUUGGAAAAGGAUUUUAACAUUAGAAAUAAGGUAGUCUCUUUUCUCUAAACCCGUUACCUAAUGUUCUGUGGUCAGCUGUUGCUGUGGGUGGAAAAGCUCAUUAAUGCCACAUUUGCCCAUCCUGUUAAACCUGUUUUGACCUCCCACACAUCUGAGGAGUAUGGAGUAAUCUUACGUUACUUUUAAGACAUAUAUGCAUAGACACACAGUAAAAGUCAGACUCCUUUCCUGUUUUAGAAAUACAUCCCCUGUUUGGGAUUAUUGCUGUCUAUGCACUAGAAAUUUCUAACGUAAAGGGGCUUCAGUGAAUGGCUAAGGGAACAUCUAGAAAGGAGAAAAUUAUCUCCAAAGCUUUGUUGUUUGUUCUUGUUUAUUUUCUUUUUCCUUUUUUGUUGUGGUUUUAAGCCUGUAUUUAGUGACUAAAGAAUUUUUGAGUACAUAUGAUUAAAGAACAUUAAAAUAAGUCUACAGUUUACCAGAACUUGCUAUUAUUAAACAAUCGGGUAUUGUCAGUGUGCAUCAUUCUGCAUAUUGAUUUCAAGUGUGUAAAGUAAAAAUUCUACUGUAACCUAGUACAGUCAUAAUUGUACUUAAUAUUCAGGAUGUGAUAUUUACAACAUUCAGAAUAGUGUAAAUUUUUUAAGUAAGCCACAUUCCAGGUCAGGAGAAAGUAGACAGUAAUCAUCUUUGCUCUGCCCUCUCCUCCCCUCCUUCCUUGUUACACACUCUUUCAGUACUUUCAAACUCCAUAAGAAACUCAUUACUUCAAAAUUUUUCUUUUUUCUUUUUUUGGUGGCCCAAAGCAAAUAGAGGAUUAAUAGCUCUGUUCUUGUUUCAGCCAAGACAAUAUGGUGUUCUUAUAAGUCCUCUUUUUCUUCCAGCACACACACAUAGCUAAGAGAAACGAAAGCGGCAAGGAUCCAGGGAUAAAGUUUUUCUCCUUAACCAGGUUCCUCCUCAGCCAGGAAUCAGUAAGAAAUCGAAACCAUGGUUCUGGUUUCCAAACUUUCAGUGCCCUGGGUAAUUGAGGGGAGAGGUGCUAAUUAAAACUUCCCAUGCCCAGCUUCUGCACUCCCCACUUCAGUGGCAGGAUUUAGGGCUGGUCUGCGUGCUGGAAGUUGUAGUUGUUGAGGGUUUUAGAACUGACCACAUGCUGAACAGUUACAAUUUCGAUUGAUUAAAGUGGCUUUUCUUCUUUGCAUCUUUCCUGAAUCUGAGGAUGGAUAGACUACACAGGAAAGGAGGAAAGGCAUCAGGGAUUUUCAAGUCCAUUUAGAGAGCAAACCAUAUUGUGCCUGUUCAUCUUGACCCAGGCUCUUGCAGAUGGUCAUAAGAGUUACUGCUCACUAGAUUUUCUUCAAAAGUAAUAUAAUGCCCAGCUAAUAAAAUAACUUGCAUUUAUGAAUGCCCCUAAAAUUGUCAGCUAGGUACACUGCCUCAUUAUUGACCAAAUGAGAGAACAGUUAGGUUCUCUUGGGUUGGUGAUAAAUUGAAUGCAGUCCAUUUAUCAAUUUGUUUCACAACAGUGGUUUCAAGUGGAAAGCCAUGAGCUGAGCAGGAAGAAAAAGUUACAAACUGACUCUUGAAAAUAAGGCAGAAGGAACAAGAAAAGUAUGGUACUCUGGUACCAUUAAAGCAGUUUUUAUCUUAGAUUUUCAGAAUUACUUUACCAUUCAAUUCAACCUAGUAAGUGCUGAGCUUAUUUUUGUGGUACUAAAUUGGCACUGUUUCUGGUCACUAGUCAGUCGGGUGUUGUGCCUGAUGCUUCUGCCUCCGGGGUGUGCUUCAGUGCUUCCCCCGCAGGCUGCCUUGGGAGGCAGCAUUAACAGGUGCAUCGUCUCAGUCUCGCUUCUGACUGUUGUCAGUUGUGUAGUAGAGAAGGCUCCCUUAAUCGUAAAUCUCAAAGAAUUUUGACCAACAUUCUCUCUCCAUCCAAUUAAAUACAAAAUAAAGCCAAAUAACCUGGAGUUGUUUGCUCUGCUUUUAUUCCUUAACUCUUGUGCUCAAAAUACUGAAGCUCCCUGUGGUAUCCCAUGUAACAUUUUACACAAUAAGGCCUGACUAAUGGGUACUUUUUCUUGGUGUAGGGGAGGCAUACUUUUAUGGGCACACAGAUGUAGUCAUUCAGGAAAUUAUCUCAGAUUUAAAUAAAUAGCCAAAGGAAGACCUCAUUGCCUUCCAGGUGAAGGUAUAAAUUCAUACAUGUUAAUGACCUGACAGUCAUCAUCGUAAUUGCUUAUUAUUGCCAUUUUCUGCCUUAGAGUCCUUUGAAAAACUUAUGGGUGAAAUGAUUUGUUGUAAUGAGGGGGUCUUUGGUCAUUACACUGCUAUUUAUUUCUAGAACUCACUGUCAGUGAGCAGUGCCAGGGUUGUCUUACUCUCUCAUCUAGGAGUUUGACUUCACGACAAGAAGGGAAAAGUCUCCCCGUUGCGUUACAACAGUGUGCUAAGUACAAAACUUGGCCAAGGGUAGUUUUCAGCUCCAUUUAUAGAAUAGUCCAAAGAGACUGAGAAACAUGAUGAUAGGCAGGGACCUUUCCUACCAUGUUUCAAUACCUACAUACCUGUUGAAAGAAAACAAUAGGUAAAACAUUUCCUAAAGUUGAAGAGCUUCAUAGAUUCUUGGUUACUUUAUUUUUUAUUAAUGCUUUACAUUUGAUACAACUAUUAAAGAUCAAUUUUAAAAAUAGCUUUCCAGUAAUAUAUUUUAAGUAAUAUAUAUUUUAAUAUCUAUGUAAAAAGUGACAGUGAAAAACUUUGAAUUUCUCAUGUAUGGUCUGUUUAAUGUAGGACCUCACUGUUAAGGCACAAAUGAUUUCAGAGGAAGUUACUCUAAAGAUACUCAGAUUUUUUUCGAAAAAUGCAAUAAGGGGGAUAGUUUGGGAGUUUAUUUUUAUUUUAAAGGAAAAUUGACUUAUUUACCACAAGCUAUUUUUUCCCCUUCUGGCUGUCAGGUUUGUACAGACUGGUUUGGUAAAUGCUAAACUUUUGUGUCUUAUUGCCUUUUUAAAGGAAUUGUUAACGUUGGAACUGAGGGUAUGUACAGAAAAGUUGGUGUCAACACCGUUUAAAAAGUCAUAUUUUUUCACAAAUAUAGAAAAAAUCAUUUUGCAUAAGAAUUUUAAGUAUUUGCAAUAAAUAUAUGUAUAUAGAUUGUAUGUAUUCAUAUAUUCUUAUUUUUCAUUUUAUUAAGUAAAAGAUAAUUAAAGUGAAAAUAAAAAUCUUGGAGUUUUUGGUGAAUCUUGAGAUCUCACAUACAUCUGAGAGCAGUGUGGGUAAGGGCCCUCAGUUGUUGCCUUAAUUACCAUUGGAAGAUUUCCACAGGUUGUGUAGAAGGGAGUAAAAUGGGUAAUUUGGUGGUAAAUCAGGGUAAUGUAUUUUUUUCAGAACUGUAGUAAAAAUACUAAAGCCUCUUAAUCUGUCCAUCUGUGUUCACCCUUAAACUAUCCUGUCUCCUAACCACUUAAUGUCAGUAGGAAUGUAAGACCAAAAACAAACAAAAAAAAGGAUGGGUGCAUUUUUUUUUUUAAAUAUGCUCAUUGUUUGCUUCUAAAACAAAGAAUGGUAAGAAAGUAUCUCAGGGGAAAAUAGAUUUUUCUUUCUCCACACUGGUUAGUAAUUCAUUAACAAACAUUCACUGCCAACACUUUCCAGGCCAAGCGAUGUAUAAAGAAAUAAUCUCAUGAAGAAAAUAGAAUGCUUUCUGUUUGCCAGUUUUUCUCCAAGAAAUUAAUUUCAUAGCCGGUUUUAUGUCCCCAGUUGAUCUGGAGAGGCAGACGAGCCAGCUGAACUUGGAUUUUGGUCUGUCUCCCUAGUGGCAGGAAGGGCAUUUAUAAGAAUGAGGACUGAGCCAGAUGUCAGAAGAUAUUAAUUGCCCAUAGUCCCAUAAUCUGGAAUCCUGAUAUCUAAGAGAAGUAAUUUUGUGGUUGUAAAUACUUGGUUUUGGGAUAUGGUUGAGGAAGCAAAGUGAUACCUAGAUAGUUUUUGGAAAUAAAGAUAUGUAGCCCACUCUUUAAAAAUGAAUAAAACAGAUUUGUUUGAUGACGUGAAGGAAAGUAAGGUCAGAAUUCCAAGAAUGUUCUAAUGACCCAUGAAACUGACUGUUGUUUACCAGGUCACCCCAAAAUUGCUUAGCUGUGGUUAUUUUCACUGAUACAGGCAUAUUUUGGAAGUUAAUAAGGAUACAUAGAAUGCUUUUAAACAUGGCAGCCUUACUGUUUUUCAGAAAUUGAAAUUUCAAACAUUGGGGUUGCCCGAAGACAUUGAAGAUACUUUAGCCAAUCAAAAGAACAGAACUCUAAAUCUUUACUGAAAAUACACUAUUUCUAAAGAAAAUGUCUUAAGUCUCAGGGAACAUCUGCAUCCUCAUAGUUUGUGUAUGUAAUAGGAAUGAAGCUGAAAUACUUGCGUGUGAACCACAAUGACCAUUUACACAGACACCUCCCCCACCCCAUGUCUAGUACAUAUUUAUCAUUAUUUAAAUGGGCCUUCUACCUCACUGGAAGUAAAACUAAUUCAGGUAAUGACAUAGGAGCCUAAAGGUAGAGUUGGUCUGCAGUUGAGUGAGAGAGCAAUGUGCCAGAACACAGAGUUAGCAUGGAUUCCCAACUUGACUGACAUUGCAGCCUUAGAAACUGUCCAUUGCUUUUUGACAGUACAUGACCACGAGAGGUCUUCAGAAAUCAGAUUUUGCAUAAUGUUUCUAGCUGCUUUUGUGCACAAACCACGCUAAUUCAUAUAUUUGUAGAACACUUGCUUGUGCUAAGCACUGCUGAAGUCCUGGUUAUAUGCAAAGGUAAACAAAAGCAGCUAUGUAAAUUAUGAACAGUUUUGCUAUCGUAGUAACCAUACAGCAUGUGUCCAGUUCAGGGCUCAAAGAGUAAUACAUGCUAUGUACUUCCCACGGCAUGUUGGAAAUUUAAGUGUAAAUGAGUUACGAAGUAGCAUUUGGAACACAGUGAACCAGUGGCAAACCAUGAAGAAAAGAAAGACGUUGCCCCUAGAUGAGACGACAGUGUGGAAGUGAGGAGCCAUGUUAAUAAAAUUUACCUUUUUGAGGAACUGUCAUUGUAAGGUUUAGUUGUUGAUAGAAACUUAAGCCUUUAGAGGUCUAAAUUGAUGAAAGAAUCCGGCCGAAAGCAAUACCUUUGAAGUAAUUCCUGUCGGUGUGUCAGUAAAGAUGCUUUUUCUUAACAUUCAAUGGACACUUCAGAAUAACAAGUGGGUAAAUAACCCCAAAGAAGCUAAAGGGGAUAAAAAAAGCAUACCUUGAGCUCAAUCUGGUAGUUUGGUGAGAAGUUCAUCCCUAAAGAGAUGUUGCUUCUCUGUUUUUUCUCCAUAAUGGAGAUAAUUAGUAUCCUUUUUUAUUCUAAUAUUGUAGGGUUGGCUCAUCCCCUCCCCCAUCUCUUAAGUUAUAAAGCUUGAAUCAAAAGAGGCUUCCACAGAACCCUACCCCUGCUGUGGCAUAAGUCUUAAUUCUUACUUUAAGAAUAAUGUAGUCUCAUCUCUGUCCAAGAAAUAGGAGAGUGGAUAUCCUGUAUUUUCCUAGUACUAGGUGACCUCAAAUAGAAAAUUGGUUUUCUUAAAUAGAGACUGUAUGAACUAAAGGAAUCCUACCUCCAUAUAACUUUAAGGCUUAAUCUUAAAAGGGAGUCUCCUGGAAAGAUUUCCCUUUAAUAGGAAGGAUAGAUUGAACCUGGAAGGGCCCCCAAGAUGGUCAGCUGUGGAGAUGGGAUGGGAGUAGAUAGUGGGUUCUCCCUGAAGAGUAACUUUAAACUUUGUCUUUUUGGUUCUUCAAACUCAAAGGAAAUGAUAGAGCAUUUUAAAACACCUGAUUUGCACCUUGACUGCAAACCUUGAGAAUGCCUAGGGAAGAAGAAAGGUAAACUCAAGAUUGGGUUUAAGCCAGAUUUAAGUAAAGUGAAAAAAAUUUUUUUUUUAAUGUUUUGGGUUCCCAUAAGGUAAUGUUGAAUUGCUGAGUGGAACAUGGAAUUUGAUUUGAGGCAUUUUGUGGGCUAAGUAUGGUUUUUUAUUGUAGUGGCAGCUUUAGCUGCUGAUCGUGAUUUCAGGUUGUGCGUCUGUCAAAUGACUCAGACAUUGGCUCAUACAUACUAUUAACCCAACUUUAGUCAGCACUUAAUUUUAUUAACUUUAAUCAUGGGCCUUUUAAAAUAUUUAAAAUUCAGAUUAGCCCAGAAAGAAAACAAUACAUUAAAAAUAUCGCUUCAGAACUGUUUUACAUCCAGUCUAUGUUCUUCCUAUGGAAAGUGUGGUACAUCAAAUUUUGUUUCUUGGGUCAGUUUUAUUCAGAGACCAGUGUCAAAUGUUUUCCGAUACCUAGAGCUUGGGGAUGAUGGAGCUGGACUUUGAUCCUGAGUCCACAGUUCUUCCUAUUUUAGGUUUUCAGGCAGUAACAGUUUUUUUGAGUUUAGUAGUGGCCCCCGCUGAACCUUGAUCAAAUUACUGCACAAGCUUUAAAUUAAUGGAACGCUUCCUAAGUCUCAAAUGUGGUUUCCCCUUUGUUUCCUUUUGUUUGAUAGAUUCUGGUUUAGAAAGAACCUAAAUAUUUGUUCUCUAAUAAUGAACUACUGAUUGAAGGGCAACUUUGUUUUUAGAGAUUUCAUGAAAGAUCUAGAAUACAUGACAAAUGAAAUUCUAGAAAUUAAAACCUUCUUUUCCUAGCAGUAAGUGCUAUGACCUAUAUUUUUAAACCCAUCUUAAUUCUGUGACUCACUGCAUCUCACCUUAAGACUGUCACCAGCACCAAGAGAAAUCAGAAUGGAAGAAAUGACCUUAUGUUGGUCUUGUUCACUUUAAAAUCUUUGUGCACGUAGGCCUUAGCACUUUGACAGAAGAAACUCUGCCUUUUAGCUCCUCACUAUCGUCUUUAUUCCUGUCACUUUUAGACUAUUCUUUCAUUGGUUGUAUAAAACUACCUUCAGAAUUGAAUGUAUGAUGUUUCUGCACAUGGACAACUGUAUUUUAUCUUAAUGACUCAUGUUGAAUAAAGGCAUACAGUUUUACUCUA